AUGAACGAAAGCGAACUCGGGGACGAUCAAGGCCAAUGCAUCGACCGCCCCACCGCCCCAACCACCGCUUCCACUUCUCCCGAUAACUCCGUCAAUAAUGACAAGAAAAAGAAGAGACGUAACAGAGGUGGCUCAUCAGAUGAGGAAUUUGUAUUACCAGAUUGUGGAGUUUCUCCUACAGGAAGAGAGGAAGUUACUGGAGGUUUAAUCGAAGGGCUGAAUCUCUCAGAUUUCGGCUGUUCCAUGGCUUCACCAAUGACUGAACCUCGUGAAUUCUGGGUGUUCGUUGCAACUUGGAACGUGGGAGGGAAGGCACCUAAUCUUGACAUGAACCUUGAAGAUUUCUUUCUAACGGAGGAUUCUGCAGAUAUUUAUAUCUGUGGGUUUCAGGAAAUUGUUCCACUCAAUGCUGGGAAUGUUCUAGUGAUUGAAGACAAUGAACCUGCCGCAAAAUGGUUGGUCCUUACAAACCAAGUACUUAACAAGCUCGAAUUCGAUUUCACGUAGCCAUCUUCGGACUGUAACCAAAGUUUGAAAUGCUCACAUUCCUUAACGAAAGAGUCAAAAUCUCCCAACAGUCACUUCUUCUACAAGCCGUCACUCAAAAUCCUU